AUGGCGGUGUCGAUGAGUGCAGAACAGGUAGUGGAGCAAAUGUUUGAUGAAAGCGAAGGAGAAGAGAAUUUGGAAGAAGUAAAUGUUGGGGAAAGGUUGAAACGAGGUUUAAGUUCUGCACUUGUCGAUGGGAAAAUUGACAAAGAGCUCUUUUUGUCUUCUUGCGCCCACAUUUUAGAACCCUUGUACGAGCUUUGUCGUGUUGGUGUACAAGAAGCGUUUGGCCAAGGGGCAAGAGUGCUGGCAAGUCACCCAAUACAUGCCAGCACAAUACUCAAAGAUGAAGUAAGGCUGUGGCUGAAAGCCAUUCAUCGUUGA